AACUAAUCCAAAUAAAAUUUAUCAGCCAGAAGUAGACUUACGCCAAUAUGUCAUCGAACAUGAAAUGGAUCCCGAGAAAUUUGCUGUCAUUACUGAGGCUGAGAAAAAUAGAUGGGCCAUGGGAUGCUUUCGUGGGGAAUUGGAAAGAGAUAUACAUUUCUAUUGUAGUGGAAUAGAAAGAAAAGAAGACCCUAGAAAAUAUCAUAAGUUUUUAACGGAUCGGGAGAGGUUAGUUGGUGAAGAGUUAUCGCAUCGUGGUAUAUUAAAAAACGGUUUAAGUACUGUAUGGCUCGAUAAUCUUAUAGAAGAAUGGGAAAAAAUUCAUACUCAAUUUACACGGAUAUUUAACUAG